AUGGGCAACGAGGCCAAUACGACAAUCAAGGCCGCGAAUGAUCUCAAUCCAAACGGCUUCAUCACUGACCGCGAGCUCGACGGCGAGCGACGUUCCAUUCGCCACUAUAAUGAUGGUCGAGUAUCCGGGCGGGGUAGGAGUGUCGAGGGUACCCUUCGAACAAAGAUGCAGAAGAGCCCCACAGGCGCCGGAGGUCGCGCCAGACCCCCCACCUCUCGCCCCCGAGACCUGAGCGGCCGAUCUACUCCAGCUGUUGCGUCCGGUUCAUCUGAUAUCGCUGAUAUCACUGCUGCCAUGGCCAAGCUCACUGCUGAUCAUCCCGCUAGCCCUAAGGUAAAGAGACUCAGCAAGAAGUUGAACCUUGAUGCCGAUUCGGGGAUUGAGACUGUGACUCUGCGAAAGGUCACUACUUUAUCCAUGGACAGUGGGGCCUCCUCUACGUGCAGCACGGGCAGCAGAAGUUCUGUCAAUGCAAGAAUAGCGGAGAUUGAAGGUCGGGUAAGGGGGCACAUUAAGACCCGGCUCCAGUCUAUUAAGGAGGAACCAGAAGAGUAA